AAGAAAAAAAAAGGACUCAAUAAUUCCUAUUAUAUAGAUCCAACCUCAUCAUUUCAGGGGACAUGAAUUAAAAUAUUUUAGACCAAUAGAGGUGGUAAUCUUGCUAUUUUAAAAAUGUUAUGAACUAUGAAUUAAAAAAUUAGGCCAAGUUCUUUGUUAUACAGGCACAAAAUUUCACUAUGAAUUUUAUUAGGUAUCCAUUUUCUGGUCCUGAAUUUUUUUCCUUUUUGAAGUCAUUAUUAAAUGCUUUGAACUUGCCAUUACAAGUUUUCUUUCAUCUUUCUGUAUGUAAUGAAUUCAAUUAGGCUAAUAUCAAGCCUACCCUUAUCACAGCACUUCCACAGGAAACCCGUCAUAAUUCUGUGAACAAAGGGCACUUGCCAAGAAGGUAAACCCAUUUUACUUUGGGAUAUUACUGUAUAAGAAGUAAGAGUACACAUCAAUUACCAGCAGAAACUGCCUUGCCUACCAUCAAAAUGAAGUUCACUAUUGUGAUUGCUUUUCUUGGAGUUCUCCUGGCUCCAGUUCCUGCCGAUAAGAACAGUGAGGAAAACAUUAAAAGGUACCAUGGUGGAUAUUCACACUCUCCUUUGGAUGACACUGUAGUCGACACCGGCUCACAUAAGCGCUCUGAGAUCUGGAAAACUGUCUGGGACACCAAGACUGGCUACAUUGCAACCAAGGUACUUUCAAAACAGACCUGCAUCAUUAGUAAAGCUAACACAGGAGUCUUGCCUGUUAAUAGACGAUUUUCUGCAUCACCUCACAGAGACGAGGAGUCUAGACCUCAGCACCUUCCACCCAGAGAGAAUCGUUACAUUAUCUCAAAAAAUAGACUCCAUAACUUGCGCCCAUAUGGAGAACGCAUUCAAAAUUUGUGCCAAGGAACUCCCACUUACUUUGCUUACCCAACCCCUGGCUCAAACUUUUUAAGGCAAGAUGUCCCAUGUUUGAAAACUCACAUGAAAAGAAUGACAUUUAUUUACUGUGGUUUAUAGAUCUUUUCCUGGUUAAAUUUGGAAGAAGAAAUUAGAGCUGUGUACCCGUGAAGAUGCUUUUUCUUUCUUUCUUUUUCUUUUUUUUUUUUUUCCCUUCUUUCCAUGGUAAUCUUAUCUUGAUCAUAUUUUCAAUCAUUUAUCUGACUUCUUUUCUGCUCUCUGUGAAGCUUAGUGUCUCUCAGUAAAAUUCAUCAUUAACCUACACUGGUCUGUGCUGUGUUUUUACUGAUCCUUUUAAAAAGUAGAAGUAACCCCAAAGAAAAGUUCCUAAACUACCAUUCCUGCAAAAUCCCAUUUUUGGCUUUUAAAUCAGAUCCUGUAGUAUUUCCCAAUUAGAUUUCACAUUACCAUAAGGAAUUUUUCAGCAUUGCUAAAAGCAAAUUGUGUUACCUACUGCAUAACUAUAUUUGAAAGAAUUAAAUACAGUGGUAUGAAAACAAGCAUA